UAUUUUGGGAUUACACCAAGAUGCUCAACUUUGCAAGCAAAUUGGUUCCAAUGGAAGGAGCUUUGGAGAAACAGUUAUUCCACAGUGGAGUUCUCUCUUUCAACUGCAAACAAGCAACAAAGCAGGAAACUCAAACAGCUUUAAACAACCUAAUGACCAGCAAAGCUGAGUUCACAAGUUCUGUAGUCCAUCCCCGAAAUACGGUCAAGGUCUGUGUGGCGAGGAGGAGAAGGAUCCAUACUGAUAGUGAAACUUAUGUGUUACUGGAACCAGGGGAGGAUGAGAAGUUUGUUACAGAAGAAGAGUUGAGGGUCAAGUUGAGAGGUUGGCUGGAAAACUGGCCAGCCAAGAACCUUCCUUCAGAUCUUGCAAGAUUCCAAAGCCUUGAUGACGCUGUUACUUAUUUAGUAAGGUCUGUUUGUGAACUUGAAAUCCACGGUGAUGUUGGUUCAGUUCAGUGGUACGAAGUUCGUUUAGAAUGA